AUGGCUGAGCUAUUUAGGGAUACCGUUGCUGGCCAACUAUUGCGACUGAUCUCUGGCAGAAGACUCCUGCAAUAUCCCGAAGAACGAGAUUCAUCAAUAUGGCAGAAGUACCUCAACCCGGACAAGUCUGCCAACAUGGCCAUUCAUGGCAGCACAGAGCCUCCGUCCUCAGAAGAGAAACAGGAACCAGACUCCGCCAGAUUCUCCUCGAAUGAGGCCGGAUCCCAGCCUCGACGAGACUCAUCGUCCGGCACGUCCGCUUCAACCACCGUUGACAACGAUAACGUGCUUGUCAACACCCUAAGCAACACAAAGAUUGACCCUGAGAAAGGCCGAGACGCACAUAUCGUGGACUGGUACAGUCCCGACGAUCCCGAUAACCCGCAAAAUUGGGGUCGCUUCAAGAAAAUCUGGGUGACCUUCGAGAUCUGCCUGCUCACCUUUUCUGUGUAUAUUGGCUCGGCCAUUUACACCGCCGGCAUUCAGGAUGUGUCCCGGGUGUUCGGUGUCUCUCGCGUCGCGGCCACCCUGGGCCUGACACUAUUCGUGCUGGGCUACGGCGUCGGCCCUAUGCUCUGGUCUCCCAUGUCCGAGGUGCCCCAGAUUGGCCGUGGACCAAUCUACAUUGGCACCCUUGCGCUCUUUGUGGUCCUUCAAGUUCCCACCGCCCUCGCUACCAAUUUUGGAAUGCUCCUCGCCUUCCGCUUCAUCACGGGAUUUGUCGGAUCCCCGUCGCUCGCAACGGGCGGUGCAUCAAUUGGGGACAUGUACUCUCCCUCCAAGCGAACGUACGGUUUGGCAGUGUGGGGAAUUGGAGCAGUCUGUGGACCGACCAUGGGACCGCUGAUCGGCGGCUUCGCAGCCGAGAACAAGGGCUGGACAUGGACCAUCUGGGAACUCAUGUGGCUCUCCGGCUUCACCUUGGUUCUCUUGCUCUUCUUCCUGCCGGAGACAUCGUCCGCGAACAUCCUGUACCGCCGGACGAUGCGGCUGCGCAAACUGACCGGCAACGACAAACUUAUAUGUGAACCACAGCUCGUGGGCGAGCAAAUGACUGGUCGCGAGAUCGUGAUGAUGAUCUUGGUCAGGCCGUUCCAACUGAGCUUCACGGAACCCAUGGUAUUUCUACUCAACUUGUACAUUGCUUUAAUUUACGGGUUACUGUACAUUUGGUUCGAAAGCUUCCCCAUUGUGUUCUCGGGGAUAUACGGAUUCAGUCUCGGUCUCGUGGGCACGGCGUUCCUGGGCAUCUUCGUCGGAGUCUUUGUUGUGCUCGGUCCCUUCAUCUGGUACCAAAAGAAAUACAUCGAGCCAAAGUUCAACGACAAAGGCGAGUUGCAGCCGGAAUGGCGUCUGCCGCCAUCGUUCGUUGGUGCAUUUGCGAUUCCGAUAUGUCUGUUCUGGUUCGGCUGGUCCUCUCGUGCGGACGUUCACUGGAUUGUGCCAAUCAUUGGGUCUGGGUGGUUCAGCAUCGGCGCUUUCUUGCUGUUCAACUCGGUACUGAAUUAUCUGUCGGAUGCAUAUCCGCAGGAUGCGGCGAGUGUUCUGGCAGGCAACGACUUUUUCAGGUCCUCGUUCGGUGCUGGAUUUCCUCUUUUUGCGACGGCCAUGUACGAGAAUCUGGGGGUAGGCUGGGCGAGUUCGACGCUCGGGUUUAUUGCGAUUGCUUUCAUCCCGAUUCCGUUCUUCUUGUUCAAGUAUGGGGAACAAUUGAGACGGAGGUCCAAGUUUGCUCAGAAGGACUACUAGUCCUAGUUUGUCGAGUUCAGAAUGUUUGGGGGAAUGGCUGUGGCUCGAUGUUGAGAGUUGGUGGAAAUUCCGAAGAUAAUAUCAAAGGUAGCAUGGAAUCACGCAAUAUCCCAACUUAUUGGCGUUUGUACAAGAUGCAAGCUGUGGUAGAGACCGGUGGCUGUAUACAGUAUUGAAUAGGCCCAUAACGAAUGUGCUAGGAAUCUCUAUGAUC